ACCAAAGUGGAGUACACCUUUGGUUACAAGAAGAACGCCGACGGCAAGGUGCGCAUUUUCCUGCACCAUUCUUCGGUGCCUUUCACCUCUGCUCCGGCGGCUUCUUCCGACAGCAUCUGCGAGAAGGAUGUGCGAGAGGCGCAGGCGGCCUGGGCCAACGCCAUCAAGCACAUUUCCAAGACCUACCUCGAGGGAGGUGACUAUGUCGCAGCUGCUACCAAAGCAGCUGGUGAGCUCUAUGGCUACGGCCGCUCCAACGUGCUGUUCAAGCCUACCAAGGCAGUCGAAGCCCAAUUCCGGCCAACAGCCGCCGAUGCCAUGUCCUACUUCGUUGGGCACAAGGCGGUGACGGACGGUCAUAAGGAGGAUGCCGGCUUCGCCAUCAACGGCGGCAAGGGCUGGGCGGAGGUUGUGUUCGACAACCACCAGAUGGACGUGAACGGCAACACAGCCAUCGCCAUGGGAAACUACUAUUUCACCAGCUGCGCGGAUGGAAGCAAGACCAAGGUGGAGUACACCUUUGGUUACAAGAAGAAUGCCGAUGGGAAAGUGCGCAUCUUCCUGCACCAUUCCUCAGUUCCUGGGUUGUGGUUCAAGGUGCCCUUCGUGCCCUCCAUCUCUGAGGAGGAAGUGCAAGCUGCGCAGGCGGCUCAGGGCUUUGGGUUUAGGAUUUAG